UCCAAGUGUCUGUCGCAAGCGAAAGCUCCACAAGUGUCCGACGCUCAAGCACAACAACAAUCAACAACCGAACACACCAUCCCCCAACCCCCUCCCCUCUUCCUGCCCAACUCGUCCUGAAUCGAUGGCCAACGUGCCGGACGGUGUGCCCCGCGUCCUGCUGCUGCUCAGUGGCAAGCGCAAAUGUGGCAAGGAUUUUCUCGCCGACGCGCUCCUGCAAAGGCUCGGCACGGACCGGGCCCAGAUCGUCCGGAUCUCGGAACCGAUCAAGCGGCACUGGGCGGAAGCGAUGGGUCUGGAUUUGGCUGCCCUGCUCGGUGACGGUGCGUACAAGGAGCGGUACCGGCGGCAGAUGAUCGAGUGGAGCGACGGGCGCCGGCAGGAGGACUACGGUGUGUUUUGCCGCGCCGCCUGCACCACCAUCGACCGGCCGAUCUGCAUCGUGAGCGACGUGCGGCGCCAGACCGAUGUGCGCUACUUCCGCGAGGCGUACGGGCCCGAGACCCGCCUGCGCACCGUGCGGAUCGAGGCGAGCGAGCAGGUCCGGCACGGGCGCGGCUGGCAGUUUCAGGCGGGCGUGGAUGACGUCCAAUCGGAGUGCGAUCUCGACGGGUACGCCGAGUGGGAUUUGGUGCUGACGAACGAGCGGCCAGACGGGGUGGGCGAACUGCUCGACCGGCUGGUGCAGCUGGUCGAAUGCUGAGAACUGAGAGCACAAAUACGUGGGCGGCGGGGGUGUGGUUUAAACAUAAGAAACAUUUUUUAUUUAUUCCAUUUAUCUGUUAAUCUGUCAUAGGCGUUAAUAGGCGUUGGUGGAAGGUGUUGGGUUUUUUUGUAAUAAAAUAUAAAAAA